AUGCCUGUGCUUUCUGACUUACCCGUUGAAGUGCUUCUGGAUAAUUUAUUGCCAUGGCUUGCUAUUCCAGAUCUCCUCCAUCUAGGGGAGACGGAUCGCUUCUUUGCGCGAUUGUGCAACGACGAGACAUUCUGGAAGAGGAAGUUACAAGAGGAUUUCAAUUUUACAGACGAGAGGACCGCCCGGAUCAGUGGAUGGAAGCGUCUCUACAGAGGUUUGCGGAACCCAAAGACUUAUGUGUGGGGCGAGGCUUCGAAGGGAAGAUUGGGAUUGAAGAAGAUACCAAAGUCAAUUAUUAAUGAUGUCCCAUUCCCAGUCGAGUUGAAGAUCGAAUCAGGCGCGCGUAUAGUUAAUCUCUCAGCUGCUGGAACGGCAUUCUUUGCACUGGACUCUGAUGGUAGCGUAUACGUGUGGGGAACUUUGAGUGGCACCUCGUUUGCUCUAAACAACGAUGGGUACUCUGAGCCGGCAAAGCCAGCUCAUACACCAUUAAAGCUAGACAUGCCCUCUCCUACGCGGAGCAUUAGUUGUGGACGGUUUCAUGCUACUACGCUGGACGAUCAGCAUCACGUUUGGACUUUUUUAAGCUGGGGCCGUCCGUUCAGGCUCGCAACGCCGGCGCUCGACGCGACUUCGUCUGAUUCUACUCCUGCGCAGGUUGAAUCCGGCUGGCACUUUUCGUCAGUCCUCACCAAAUCUGGUGAUGUAUAUAUUUGGUGGCCGUUUGCUGCACCCCUAAAGGACGUCAUCACUGCACGAGAUGCGGCUAUGGAUGCUGCUAACCAGAAAGCUCACGCCACAGAGGAUGGUGUCAUCCCUUGUUCGACAUGGGAGCUUCACGAAGAACCCACCAUGUUACCACCAUUGCCUCAACUGCCGCAGCUGUUAGUAUCAUCAACGGAACCCGUGAAACUUGUUAAACUCGCAGCUUUGGAGAGUCGGCUCAUUGGUUUGACGAAUCAUGGUCACGUUCUCUCAAUUUCUGUUGAAAGUGAUCUCGCUGUUCGGUCCGGUAGAUGGGAAUACCUUCCUAACUUCUCUGAAGUUGAGAAGGUUCAACAGCACCCCGCUUAUGUUUCUUCUCAGUUGAAGCCGCCACGGAGCUUGCGGAUAUCUCAUAUCUCAGCACAGUUUCAAACAUUUGUUGCUUAUUCUCCUGGAUCCAGCUCUGUAGUUCUUUUGGGUUCUCACGAAACACAUGCCGAUUCGAGGCCUUCAAUUCUCCCCGCACUUCAAAACAACGACGUUAUCUCCGUCGUUCUUGGAGAUUACCAUUAUGGUGCUCUUACGUCGACAGGAAAACUUUUGACGUGGGGUGCUUAUUCUCGAGGUGCACUCGGCCUCGGCGAUCCUGCGACGCUUCUGCCUGGACAACCGGGGGGCUACAGAACUGAGGAACACAAAAGAGCUGCUGUCGCCAAUGGCGGUCCGUUUCCACCGGCUGUCUCCGAGCCCGCGGAAGUGAGAUUUGGUCACGGCGAAGGACAGGGGGAGAAGUUGUUUUGUUUUGCUGUGACAGCUGCUGGGUGGCACAUGGGUGCUCUCGUCAUUGAUCUACAGGUGAGAUUUUAG